AUGGCAGGACUCAAAUUGAAGUUAAGUUUGAAACCUCCGAAGGAAUCAAAGGAAUCGACGCCGAAGGAAUCACUUCCAAAGUUGAAGAUAAAACCCCUCAAAAGAGAAGAUGAACCUAAACCCAAAAAAUUGAAGAUAAAUAUCAAAGCACCUAAUUCUGAUAAACCAAACACUAUAAUCAUUGAUGGGAAAAAACGUCGACCACCAAAGGUUCGUAUUAAACCAACAAGAGUUCCAGGAGAAGGUUAUGAUAGUGAAGCACCUGAUUUGGAAGAUGAUCCUUUGAUAGAGAAAGGAAUUGUUGUAAGGUUUCUUGAUGAUUCAAAUCUUGAUACUGUUCAUAAUGCUGUCGAAAGUAAUGAUUUAAGUGGACUUCAAAUUGAAUGGAUAUCCAAGAACAAAGCCAUAGUAAAAAUCUACAAUUCGUGUUAUUCAGCCAGAUUGGUCGACUUACCUACUGUAUCAGAGAUUUAUAAGACUGUCGAUAAAAAGAAUAUUUUCAAAAUUAUAGAUUUAAGUGAAAUAUUGAUGGUAAUUAAGAUAAUAAAUCCUAAGGAUUUUCAAGAAAAAGAUUUUGAAAUACCUCUGGAAAAGUUAUAUAACCAUCCAUUGUACAGACAUUCACCAGAUCAUGAAAUAAAGAAGUCCAGAGAAGUUAUGAAAGAUGGGUUAACACCACCAUUAGAAAAUGUAUUUAGGAGAUUUAAACCUAGAAAGUUAAAUCAUAGAGUUAUGGAAGAUAUUGACAGUAAAGUAGAUGAAUUGAUUAAAUUGGAUGCUGAAUCCAUUGAAUCACAUUUCGAGGUUGUUGAUCCAAGACAACAACAACCCGCUACUAGAUUUGCUUCACCUUCACCACCUCCUCAACAGCAACCUGUAUUCGAUGAUGUUAUAAGUCAAGAUGGACUCGAUAAUUCAGAUAAUGACUUAGAAAAUGAACUUGCCCAAGCCUUAGGUACUGAUGUUGAAGAUAUCACUAUGGAGGCCGCAACUCCAGGAUAUGAGGAUGAAGAAGACGCCGAUGACGAUGAUGGAGUCUCCGUAGAUAAUGGAGAAGAUGAAGAUGAUGAAGAUGAUGACGACGAUGAAGAUGACGAUGAUGACGAUGACGAUAAUGAAAUAGGUAAAGGAGAUAAUCAACAUAUCAAACUUUUGGAAGAAGAAAUAUCUGAUCUUUCUAAAGCUGUUGAGAAUCACCGUAAGGGUUUAGAAAAUGCUACCCAAAAAAUGAUGAGAAUGAAGUUUCAAAAUAACUAUAAUAUGUUGAAAGCAUCUUUAGAUAGUAAAAAAAGGGAAUUAGCUAAAUUAAAAGAGAAUUCUAAUGCGGCUGAUACCGAAAAUCAUUCUUCAGAUGAACUCGUUGAAGAAGAUGAAGACGAAGAAGAUGAUCCAGAAUCUGACAAUAACAAUGCUGAUGUCCCAGCUGUCAAUGAUGAAGACAAUGAAGCCGGCAUUGAUGAUCUUGAUGAUUUAUUUUGA